AUGGGAGUAGAUUUAGUUCAGAACAUGCGCCCUGUGAAAGGGUUCUUGCUCGAUAUAACCGGUGUAUUGUACAAUAGCUGUGCAGGAACAGAUGGGAUCGCCAUUUCGGGUUCAAUUGAAGCUGUUAAAAGACUCUAUAAAGAAGCUAGCGUUAAGUUUUUGAGCAACGAAAGCACUAAUACAACUGAAUACGUCGUAUCCAAAUUGAAAAGACUUGGAUUUGAAAUUGAAACUGAAGAUGUGAUAACCCCGGCUCCUGUUGCUGCGAACUAUGUGAGAAUGAAUAAUCUACGACCGCAUACAUUAGUUUAUCCAGGUGUUUCUACUUACUUCGAAACUUUCGAAAAAAGUAACCCCACGUGUGUGGUCUUAGGAGACGCUGAACAUGAGUUCACCUAUCAUAGUAUGAAUGCCGCUUUCCGUGCUCUCAUGGCAAUGAAUGAUCCUCUGCUGAUAAGUUUGGGAAAUGGUCGCUUUUACCAAAGAGUCGAUGGACCUUGCAUAGAUGUAGGGGCUUUCGCUGCGGCUUUGAAGUUCUCAACUAAUUGUAAGCAUGUUGUGAUUGGUAAACCUACCCCGGAGUAUUUUCAAGCUGGGCUAGAUAGCUUAGGAAUGACUAAAGACGAGGUCAUAAUGAUUGGAGAUGACAUUGUUUCCGAUGUUGGUGGGGCAUUGUCUUUCGGUUUGAGAGGAGUACAGGUUCGGACAGGGAAAUGGAGGUCUUGUUGGGAAAACCAUGAAAGUGUCCGUCCUACUUUGAUAGUAGAUAACUUGAAGCAAGCUGUUGAUAUUUUCCUAGGGCCUGAAUAA